UAUAAGGUCAUAUUUACAAUAAUUUACCUAUUAUGUAGCAAACAAUCAUGAAAAAUUGGGUCAUUUAUGGUCUUAAGUAACAAAGUGUCCUAGUUCUGACUUGUACAUUGAUGCAUCUUUUCUUUUCCCUCCUUGCCUAUCGCCCAAUUGAUAACAUAGCAUUACUUGGUAGUCCUUUGUGCUGUAAAAGAUAGUCCGUCCUGCUUUUCUUUUUCCUUUUUCUUCAAAAUCAUUGACUUUUUUUUCCCUCUUCAUUAUGCAUUCUCUAAUACUAAUAUAGUUGUUCAAACUGAACGAAAAGCAAAUUUUAUGCUUAAGGAUCUUCAAAAUUGUCAAAAUUAACACUUAAAAAUCUAUGUAGUAUUUCAGACAUUUGAGAUAUAUGUUGUACAGUAAAAAUCCUUUAGAGUAUGUGUAAUAUUAUAAGGGGAUCUUAGGGUUAUUAUUUAGUUGAGUCGGAUUUAAAUGAUGGAACGGGUUUAAAAAAUGAUUUCGGGUUACUUUGGGAGAUAAUUUCCAUUAAGAGAUGGGUAUAUUUAAAAACUUUAACGAUGGAAGAGAUAUUUUUGACUCAAAAUAAAUUCGGAGAAUAUUUUUAAUCUUUUUUUCAAAGUAGAGGGGUAUUUUUGACCCUUUACCCUAUUAUAAUUGCAGUACAAGCUUAAAACUGGAUGACAAAUUCCUUUCGCGUGGACCCUGAGUUCAUUUUUCAACACUGUCAUAUUGCAAUCCUUUGACUUUGUUCUGAUUCCUGUCCCCCUCUUAUAGACUUGUGAGUUGUGAGCCAUAAUAUGGGGGAUAACUCUUGACAAAAUGGUACGUAGAUAACUCUUAAUAGAACUUUGCUAAUAACAUAAAGUAAUUUCCUUUGCAUAAAAGUAAGGUAGCCUUAACAACAGUUAAGAUGAUGCAAAACAGCUUUACACCUUUUUUUCAUCACUUUUAUCAAGGAAAGAACCUUUGAGGAGCAUAAAUUCUAUCACCAUUUGUAUCAAUCAAGCAGAAAUCUUUUACCUGAAAUGGGAAAAAUAUGGAUUGAAGUGUGCCUGAUUUCCGCGAGGGGACUCCGAAGAACAUCAGCUUUGUGGAAGCUUCAAUGGUAUGCUGUUGGAUGGAUUGAUCCAAACAACAAGUAUUGUUCCAAGAUUGAUUCAUCAGGCAACGCAAAUCCUGUUUGGAAAACCAAAUUCUCAAUGUUGGUUGACACUUCUGAAUUGAAUCUCCAGGAUUUGGACCUCCAUGUUGAAGUUUACAGUAGAGAGCCCAUUUUUCUUAGAGAAAAACUCAUGGGAACAGCUACUGUGGUUUUGAAAGAAUUUCUGGACAAGCACAAUAAGAACUCUGAGGUAUCAAAGCCAAUUGAAGAAGUUGGGAGCUUUCAAUUGCGGAAAAAGAACUCGAAUACACCUCAUGGAUUUGUUGAUGUCUCUAUCAGAAUUUCAGAGGAAAGGGAAGAACCCAGUUCACAACCAGGUGACAAGGAGGGAUUUCAGCUUGCGGAUAACAGCAGUGGCUUCAACUUGGCUAAUGCUGCAUCAACAUACCCACAACCACAAUCUAUAACCACAUCCCAAAUGAUGGAGAACCAACCACAACCAAAUCGUCAAUAUGCACAUCCAGUACCAUAUCCUACAAGUUAUUCCCAUCCACCUGUGGUGGGACCGAGCUACACACACGCAGCAGGACCAAGCUAUCAGCCACCGCGUGCUCCACCACCACCACCACCACCUCCACCUGCUAAUGUUGGUUAUAUUCCGACUUUCCUCGCAAGAACAGACAGCACGCCGCCUAGUUAUUUCAACAUGCCACAAACCGGAACUGCAGCAGCACGAAAUGCAAGACCUGGUUUUGGAAUGGGAGUAGGUGCAGGGGCCUUAGCAGCCGGUGCUAUGAUAUUUGGAGAUGAUUUCAUGUCUGGUUUUGAUUUGCCUCGUGGAGUACAGGAUCCCUCUCUUACAAUAUCCCUUGAUCCCCCUUUCUGAAGAUGGAAUACCAUCUAUUGUAUAACGAUGUAUGCAAUGAGACACCUUAAAACUAGAAUGCUUUGCACACUGCUACUAUCACAAAAAUCGUCUGCAAAGAAGUUUCAGUUUGUAGCUGUAAAAUCUCAGGCUACAUGUAAAACAACAGAUUUCAGCUACUCUGGAACAAAUUUAUAGUAAAAUUUUACAACUCUCAAUAUACAUAAUGUAUUAUAUCA